UCUAAGCAAAUUCCCAGUAUUCUCGAUAACGAUAGCCGGUUAAGUUCCAUCUUCAGAUCUGCGAGCAUUGUGUGCGAAAAAGCCAUUUGCGAUUUCAUUUCAUAUUGCAAGAUUGCGGAGGAGACCACAUCUUUGAUAUUGUUUGAAGCAAAUAGGAUCCCCGAAAAAGCAUAGAAAAAUGGAAGUCACUGAAGCGAAUUUACAGUUGCUGGCCGGUUAUUUGCAGCAGACUCUGAGCGCCGAUCCAAAUGUCCGCCGGCCGGCUGAAAAACUUUUGGAGUCCACGGAACUGCAGCAGAAUUACCCGAUUCUACUGCUUAACCUGAUAGACAAAGCUCAAAUGGACAUGACCACACGGGUGGCGGGCGCCAUUGCAUUUAAGAACUAUGUGAAGCGAAAUUGGGCAGCCCACCUGGACAGCGAUGGGCCGGAUCGCAUCCAUGAAAGUGAUAGAAACACAAUCAAGACGCUAAUCGUUACGCUGAUGCUCCACUCUCCGGUGGCGUUGCAAAAGCAAUUGAGCGACGCGGUCAGUAUUAUUGGCAAACAUGAUUUUCCGAAAAAAUGGCCGCAACUUAUAGACGAGAUGGUGGAAAGAUUUGCCUCUGGAGAUUUCAAUGUCAUCAAUGGCGUGUUGCAAACCGCACAUUCGCUUUUCAAGCGCUAUCGGUAUGAAUUUAAGUCACAGGAUCUAUGGGAGGAGAUAAAAUUCGUUCUGGACCGAAUGGCUAAGCCAUUGACAGACUUGCUUCAGGCCACAAUGCAGCUGACUAAGGUGCACGAGAAUAAUCCCGAGGCUCUGAAGGUCAUUUACGGAUCUCUGGUGCUGGUUAAUAAGGUGUUUUUCUCGCUGAACUCCCAGGACUUGCCUGAGUUCUUUGAGGAUAACAUGAACACCUGGAUGGGAGCAUUUAUCCAGCAAUUGGCCGUGGAUGUGCCGUCACUGCGAACCGGGGACGAUGAGGACGCGGGAGUUCUGGAGCAUCUGCGCACACAGGUCUGCGAAAAUAUUUGCCUGUACGCAAAGAAAUACGAUGAGGAGUUCAAGCCUUUUAUGGAACAGUUUGUGACGGCAGUCUGGGAGUUGCUGGUCAAAACCAGCCUGCAAACCAAAUACGAUGCGUUGGUUUCUCAUGCCCUCCAAUUCCUGUCUGUGGUAGCCGAGCGAAAGCAUUAUCAGACCAUUUUUGAGAAUCCAGAGAUACUUGCCCAGAUCUGCGAUAAAGUAGUCAUUCCAAAUUUGGACAUACGUCCAUCUGAUGAAGAAAUUUUCGAGGACAGUCCAGAGGAGUAUAUUCGGAGGGAUAUUGAAGGAUCAGACAUUGAUACUCGACGUCGUGCUGCUUGUGAUCUGGUAAAGACGUUAUCCGUUAACUUUGAGCAAAAGAUCUUUGGCAUCUUUGGCCAAUAUCUGGAAAUAUUGUUGACCAAAUACAAAGAGAAUCCGUCGGUUAAUUGGAGGUCAAAGGAUACAGCAAUUUAUCUGGUCACUUCGUGGGCGUCUCGAGGUGGAACUCAAAAGCAUGGAAUCACGCAGACUUCGGAGUUGGUCCCACUCCCGGAAUUUUGUGCGCAACAGAUUAUUCCAGAGCUGGAGAGACCCAACAUCAACGAAAUACCCGUUCUUAAGGCAGCAGCUAUUAAGUAUGUAAUGGUGUUUCGCAGUAUUUUGGGGCCGCAGGUCCUGGCCAACUGCCUGCCACACCUUAUCAGACAUCUUCCCGCCGAAAGCCCUGUGGUUCAUAGCUAUGCUGCCUGUUCCGUAGAGAAGAUCUUAACCAUGCGCGAUGCCAGUAAUGCAGUUGUGUUUGGUCCUCAAGUCCUGGGACCUCAUGCGACUGAACUCAUCAGCGGAUUGUUUGCUACUCUCUCACUGCCAGGAUCAGGAGAGAAUGAGUAUGUAAUGAAGGCUAUUAUGCGAAGUUUCGCAGUUUUACAAUCAGCUUCUAUGCCCUUCAUGGGAGUUGCCCUUCCCCGGCUCACCGAGAUUCUAACUCAAGUGGCCAAGAAUCCUUCGCGUCCUCAUUUUAAUCACUAUCUUUUUGAAACUCUGGCACUGUCUAUCAAGAUUGUUUGUCAAGCAGACGCUUCUGCUGUGAGCUCCUUUGAGGAGGCCUUGUUCCCUGUUUUCCAAGGCAUUUUGCAACAGGAUAUUAUCGAAUUUAUGCCCUACGUAUUCCAGAUGCUUUCCGUGCUGCUGGAAGUGCGUGAAAGCUCUGGUGCUAUACCGGAACCAUAUUGGGCAUUGUUUCCCUGCUUGUUAUCUCCAGCUCUGUGGGAUCGAACGGGCAAUGUCACACCAUUGAUUCGGCUUAUCUCAGCUUUCAUUAAGCAGGGUUCAGCUCAGAUUCAAGCUUUGGGAAAAUUGAGUGGAAUCCUCGGAAUUUUCCAAAAGAUGAUUGCAUCCAAGGCCAACGAUCAUGAAGGCUUUUAUCUUCUAAAGAACCUUCUUUCCUACUACCCAGCCGCUGAAAUACAGCCCAAUCUUCGUCAGAUCUUUGGAUUGCUUUUCCAGCGAUUGUCUCUCUCGAAAACGCCCAAGUAUAUAAGCGGGAUCAUAGUGUUCUUCAGCUUCUAUGUGAUCAAGUAUAGUGGCGGUCAGCUGGCUCAAUUGAUAGAUGAAAUACAGCCAGGUAUGUUUGGUAUGUUGCUGGAUCGCGUGCUUAUCCCUGAAAUGGGCAAGGUUCCGAAGGAACAGGACCGAAAAAUGGUUGCUGUAGGUGUCACUAAACUCCUCACCGAAACGCCCGAAAUGUUGCAGCAACAGUAUGGUGCUUUCUGGCCACGUCUGCUGCACUCUCUAAUCGAUCUUUUCGAGCGACCACCUGAGAAACUGAAGGGGCUCGAAAUAGGAGAGGCAGCAGGAGUAGCUGAGGAUCCCGAUGCUGGCUAUCAAGUGGCUUUCGCUCAGCUCACUCAUGCUCAACCCAACCAGCAAGAUCAUCUGGCCGAGAUAUCUGAUGCUCGCCAGUUUUUGGCCACCUCGCUCUCCAAGUUCGGUCAGUCGAGGACAGGAGAGUUGCCCACGUUGCUUUCGCCUUUGGAGCCGGAAUACAAGCAAGUGCUGCAGAAAUAUUGUGAUCAAGCUGGUGUACGCAUUGCCUAAAGGAAACAAAUUACUUGGAGCUCUUAUAUCGCAAUCAAACCUCGCCAUACAUUCACAACACUUAUCUUUAUAUACGCAUUCUAUCAAUCAUCGCAUGCCCAGUUUAUUGUCAUUGAAAAAUUGUAUCUAUCUUUUGUAUGUACCUAUGAAUAAGUUGUGUAAACAAUAAAUAGUUAUGUUUUUAAAA